ACCUGGCUAAGCACAACCACGUGUAAACUGGCGGGAGGGAUCUUGCCAAUGCAUCGAGUGGAGGAGGCUUUGGAUUAGUAGUUCCUGGUGCCCCGCCGGGCACAUGGUGAAGCACUUUGUUGGGAAGUGAAGGAAAGGCAAGAAGAAAAGGCGUCGGGACAAGCCGCUGGAAUCAUGAAUGAAAUGUCCAGCUUUUUGCACAUUGGGGACAUCGUCUCCUUGUACGCCGAAGGGUCGGUCAAUGGCUUCAUCAGCACUUUGGGGCUGGUGGAUGACCGCUGUGUGGUGGAACCAGCAGCUGGUGAUCUAGAUAAUCCACCCAAGAAGUUUCGAGACUGUCUCUUCAGAGUAUGCCCCAUGAACCGCUACUCUGCUCAGAAGCAAUACUGGAAAGCCAAACAAACAAAGCAGGACAAAGACAAGAUUGCUGAUGUAGUACUGUUGCAGAAACUUCAGCACGCAGCUCAGAUGGAACAGAAGCAAAAUGAAACAGAGAAUAAGAAGGUGCAUGGAGAUGUGGUGAAAUAUGGAAGUGUCAUUCAGCUUCUCCACAUGAAGAGUAAUAAGUAUCUGACAGUAAACAAGCGCCUCCCUGCCCUACUGGAGAAGAAUGCCAUGAGGGUAACUCUUGAUGCCACAGGCAAUGAAGGAUCCUGGCUCUUUAUCCAACCCUUUUGGAAACUGAGGAGCAAUGGAGAUAACGUAGUUGUUGGAGACAAAGUGAUUCUGAAUCCUGUGAAUGCUGGGCAGCCACUACAUGCUAGCAACUAUGAGCUUGCUGAUAAUCCUGGAUGCAAAGAGGUGAAUUCAGUCAAUUGCAACACUAGCUGGAAAAUCAACUUGUUUAUGAAAUUCCGAGACCAUAUGGAAGAAGUGCUUAAAGGGGGGGAUGUGGUUAGACUGUUCCAUGCAGAACAGGAGAAAUUUCUCACUUGUGAUGAAUACAAGGGCAAGCUCCAUGUUUUCCUUCGAACUACCUUGAGGCAAUCAGCAACAUCAGCCACAAGUUCCAAUGCACUCUGGGAAAUUGAGGUAGUCCAUCAUGAUCCCUGUCGUGGUGGAGCUGGACACUGGAAUGGCUUAUAUCGCUUCAAACACCUUGCCACUGGGAAUUAUUUAGCAGCAGAGGAAAACCCCAGCUACAAGGGAGAGGUAGGAGAGACCAAGCCCUCGGCAGGAACCAAUCGUUCUAAUCGGAGAUUCACAGGGGAAAAGAUCAAGUACCGGCUUGUAGCUGUGCCCCAUGGUAACGACAUAGCAUCUCUUUUCGAACUGGAUCCCACUACACUGCAGAAGACUGAUUCCUUUGUCCCCCGAAAUUCCUAUGUUCGAUUGCGUCACCUCUGCACCAAUACUUGGAUCCAGAGUACGAACGUACCCAUUGAUACUGAUGAGGAGCGGCCCAUUCGUCUUAUGCUUGGCACCUGCCCAACUAAAGAAGACAAAGAGGCUUUUGCCAUUGUUUCUGUUCCAGUGUCAGAAAUCCGAGAUCUGGACUUUGCCAAUGAUGCCAGCUACAUGCUAGCUAAUGUGGUAGAGAAGAUGAAUGAAGGAUUCCUUAGUCAAAAUGACCGCAGAUUUGUGAUCCAGCUGCUGGAGGACUUGGUUUUUUUUGUCAGCGAUGUACCCAACAACGGUCAAAAUGUUUUGGAUAUUGUUAUUACCAAGCCCAACCGGGAGAGGCAGAAACUUAUGAGGGAGCAGAACAUUCUGAAGCAGAUCUUUGGAAUUCUGAAGGCUCCAUUUAAGGAAAAGGGUGAGGAAGGCCCACUGGUGCGCCUGGAGGAGCUGUCUGACCAGAAGAAUGCUCCCUACCAAUACAUGUUCCGGCUCUGCUAUAGGGUACUGAGACACUCCCAGGAGGACUACCGCAAGAACCAGGAACACAUUGCUAAGCAGUUUGGCAUGAUGCAGUCCCAAAUUGGCUAUGACAUUUUGGCUGAGGACACUAUCACUGCCCUCUUGCAUAACAACCGUAAACUUCUUGAAAAGCACAUAACCAAAACUGAGGUGGAGACCUUUGUGAGUUUGGUGCGAAAGAAUCGAGAACCCAGGUUUUUAGACUAUCUAUCAGACUUGUGUGUAUCAAACCAUGUAGCCAUUCCUGUAACUCAGGAGCUGAUCUGCAAGUGUGUACUGGACCACAAGAACACUGAUAUCUUGAUCCAAACUGAAUUGAGGCCUGUGAAGGAGAUGUCUCAGACUCAUGAGUACCUGAGUAUUGAAUUUUCUGAGGAGGAGGUCUGGUUGACCUGGAUUGACAGAAACAAUGAUCAUCAUGAGAAAAGCAUCCGACAGUUAGCCCAGGAAGCACGAGCAGGGAAUGCCCAUGAUGAGAAUGUUCUGAGUUACUACAGGUACCAGCUGAAGCUGUUUGCCCGCAUGUGCAUGGAUCGGCAGUACUUGGCCAUUAAAGAAAUCUCCAAGCAGUUGGGGGUGGAGCUAAUAUUUCUCUGCAUGGCAGAUGAAAUGUUGCCCUUUGACCUCCGAGCCUCUUUCUGCCAUCUCAUGUUGCAUGUACAUGUGGACAGGGAUCCACAGGAGAAAGUGAUGCCUGUGAAAUUUGCACGUCUGUGGACUGAGAUUCCUACAGCUAUCACCAUCAAAGACUACGAUUCCAAUGUGAAUAGCUCAAGAGAUGACAAGAAGAAUAAGUUUGCCAGCACAAUGGAGUUUGUGGAAGAUUAUCUCAACAAUGUAGUCAGCGAGGCAGUUCCCUUUGCUAAUGAGGAGAAAAACAAAUUGACUUUUGAGGUUGUCAGUCUUGCCCACAACCUCAUCUACUUUGGCUUCUACAGCUUCAGUGAACUUCUGCGCUUGACACGGACUCUUCUUGGCAUCAUAGAUUGUGUCCAGAACCCUCAAUUGAUGAUGCAGGCCAUGUAUAAUGAUGAUGUGACUGGGAAAAAUGUCCGAAGAUCUAUCCAUGGUGUUGGUCAGAUGAUGUCUACUAUGAUGCUGAGCAGGAAGCAGUCUAUCUUUGGUUCAUCGAACAUGAAUGCUGUGGUUGUUCCUGAGCCAGCUGAUAGGGGAAGAAGCAUAGAAAAUGAAAACAUAGUAGUGAUGGAAACAAAGCUGAAAAUUCUAGAGAUUUUGCAGUUCAUUCUAAAUGUGCGACUGGAUUACAGGAUCUCCUAUUUGCUCUCUGUGUUCAAGAAGGAGUUUGUGGAAGUCUUUCCCAUGCAGGACAGUGCGGCAGAUGGAACAACACCAGCCUUUGACUCUACAACUGCAACAAUGAAUCUGGAUCGGAUUGGGGAGCAAGCCGAAGCAAUGUUUGGGAUUGGAAAAACAAGCAGUAUGUUAGAAGUGGAUGAUGAAGGAGGGCGUAUGUUUCUCCGUGUGCUAAUCCAUUUGACAAUGCAUGAUUACCCACCCCUUGUCUCAGGCUCUCUUCAGCUUCUCUUUAAACAUUUCAGUCAGCGUCAGGAAGUCCUACACACCUUUAAGCAGGUCCAGCUACUGAUCUCUGCUCAGGAUGUUGAGAACUAUAAAGUGAUCAAGUCAGAAUUGGACAAACUUCGUAUGAUGGUGGAAAAGUCAGAGCUCUGGGUGGAAAAGAAGGGUAGCUCCAAGGGAGAAAACGGACAAGAAGGGGAGAAGAAGGAGAAGAAAGAGCGUACUACAGAUGAGGAACCUGGAACUCCUGGAGAAAAAAGCAGUGAGAACUAUCAGCUCAUAAAAGGGAUUCUGGAGCGACUAAAUAAAAUGUGUGGUGUUGGUGAGCAGAUGCGAAAAAAACAACAGCGUUUGCUGAAAAAUAUGGAUGCCCAUAAAGUGAUGCUAGAUCUGUUGCAGAUCCCUUAUGAGAAGGGUGAUACCAAGAUGUUGGAGAUUUUAAGAUUAACCCACCAGUUCCUACAGAAAUUUUGUGCUGGCAACCAAGAAAAUCAGACUCUUCUGCAUAAGCAUCUCAACUUGUUCCUUACUCCUGGGCUUCUGGAGGCAGAGACAAUGCAGCACAUCUUUCUGAACAAUUAUCAGCUGUGCUCUGAGAUCAGCGAGACGGUGCUACAACAUUUCAUCCAUUGUCUGGCUACACAUGGGCGCCAUGUUCAGUAUCUUGAGUUUCUGCACAUUAUCAUCAAGGCUGAGGGCAAGUACAUUAAGAAAUGCCAGGACAUGAUCAUGACUGAGAUUACCAAUGCUGGGGAUGAUGUUGUGGUAUUCUAUAAUGAUAAGACCUCCCUAGCCAACAUGUUGGAGAUGAUGACAGCAUCUCGGGAUGGGAUAGAGGAGAACAGUCCCCUCAUGUACCAUAUCUCUCUGGUGGAUUUGCUGGCUGCCUGCGCUGAAGGCAAAAAUGUAUACACAGAAAUCAAGUGCACAUCUCUACUUCCGUUGGAGGAUGUGGUGCGAGUAGUCACUCACGAAGACUGCAUUACUGAGGUGAAAAUUGCAUAUGUCAAUUUUGUCAAUCAUUGCUAUGUAGACACAGAGGUGGAGAUGAAGGAGAUCUAUACCAGCAACCACAUCUGGACACUGUUUGAGAACUUCACCCUUGACAUGGCCAGGGUAUGUAAGAAACGUGAAAAGCGCUUGUCAGAUCCUGCCUUGGAGAAAUAUGUGCUUACAGUGGUGCUGGACACUAUCAAUGCAUUCUUCAGCUCCCCUUUUUCUGAGAAUAGCACUUCCCUACAGACACACCAGACUAUUGUGGUGCAGCUCCUCCAAUCUACCAUGAGACUUCUGGAAUGUCCUUGGUUGCAGCAGCAGCAGAAGAGCUCAGUGGAAGCCUGUAUUCGCACGUUGGCUAUGGUUGCUAAGAGCCGGUCCAUUGCCUUACCCAUGGAUCUGGAUGCCCAUGUCAGCUCCCUGCUAAACAGCAGCUCAGUUAGCAAUGCCCAAAGGAAUGCUUCCAACUAUAAGACAGCAUCACGUACUUUCCCUCGGGUUUCAGCUACAACCAAUCAGUGGGACUACAAGAACAUCAUUGAGAAGCUGCAGGACAUUAUCAAUGCCCUAGAGGACCGCUUGCAACCUCUAGUUGAAGCUGAACUCUCAGUCCUGGUGGAUGUCCUGCACUGUCCAGAACUGCUUUUCAUGGAAGGGACUGACGCCUAUCAGCGUUGUGAAAGUGGUGGCUUUCUCUCUAAGUUAGUCCAACACACCAAAGACCUGAUGGCAACUGAAGAGAAGCUUUGCAUCAAGGUAUUGAGGACACUGCAGCAAAUGCUUGUGAAGAGGAACAAAUAUGGAGACAGGGGCAACACAUUGAGGAAAAUGCUUUUGGCUAAUUACUUGCAGACCAAAAAAUCUGGCUCCAAAGGGGAAAUUGUUGACCCUUCUGGGAUUGGUCAAGACCAUGACUGGUCAGUCAUUGCUGCCAUUCAGUGCCGACUGGACAGAGAAGGGGCCACCAAGUUGGUGUCUGACCUUAUCAUGAACACCAAAAAUGAGAAGAUUUUUCAGGAGAGCAUUCGCUUGGCUAUUCGACUGCUUGAUGGGGGCAAUACAGAGAUACAGAAAUCAUUCUAUAACUUGAUGACCAGUGAUAAGAAGUCAGAAAAGUUCUUUAAAGUUGUUCAUGACCGGAUGAAGAAGGCACAGCAAGAAGUGAAGUCCACAGUGACUGUGAAUAUGAGUGAUAUUGGCAACAAGCCUCGAGAAGACAAAGAGUCCCCUGAUCACAGCAGCAAAGAACGAGUAACAACUUUUAUGUUGCCUAAUGCACCAUCCCGUUAUGCAAUGGGUGUAGGCUUCCAUUCAGCCCAUGAUGCCAGAGACAGAAAUCAGAAUAACGAAAUGAGUAUGUCAGUCUUGAUCAUGGAGCCAAUUCUUCGCUUCCUGCAGCUGCUGUGUGAAAAUCACAACCGGGAUCUCCAGAACUUUCUCCGCUGCCAGAAUAAUAAGACCAACUACAAUUUAGUGUGUGAAACAUUGCAGUUUCUGGAUAUUAUGUGUGGUAGCACUACAGGACGCCUGGGUUUAUUGGGCCUCUAUAUUAAUGAAUACAAUGUGGCCCUCAUCACUCAGACUCUGGAGACACUUACAGAAUAUUGCCAAGGACCCUGCCAUGAGAACCAGAGCUGCAUUGUGACUCAUGAAUCAAAUGGCAUUGAUAUAAUCACAGCCCUGAUCCUCAGUGACAUCAGCCCCCUCUGCAAAUAUAGAAUGGAUUUGGUUCUUCAGCUGAAGGACAAUGCCUCCAAACUUUUGCUAGCCCUGAUGGAGAGCAGGCAUGACAGUGAGAACGCUGAGCGGAUUCUCAUCAGCCUCCGUCCCCAGGAAUUGGUUGAUGUCAUUAAGAAAGCCUACCUUGAAGAAGAAGAAUGUGAAAACUCUGAGGUUUCUCCUCGUGAAGUUGGACACAACAUCUAUAUUUUAGCCUUACAGCUUUCUCGGCACAAUAAGCAGCUUCAGCAUCUCUUGAAGCCUGUGAAACGGAUUCAGGAGGAAGAGGAAGAAGGGAUCUCUUCUAUGCUCAUUCUGCACAACAAGCAGCUGACCCAGAUGCUGAAAUCAACAACUCCUGUCCAAGAAGAAGAGGAAGAUCCAUUAGCUUAUUAUGAGAAACACACAUCCCAGAUAGAGAUUGUGCGCUUGGACCGAAGCAUGGAGCAGAUUAUCUUUCCAGUGCCUAGUAUCUGCCAGUUCCUGACCAAAGAGACAAAAUACCGUCUAUUUACUACUACAGAGCAGGAUGAGCAGGGCAGCAAAGUCAGUGAUUUCUUUGAGCAGUCAUCCUUCCUCCACAAUGAGAUGGAAUGGCAGAAGAAACUGCGCAGCAAUAGAUUGAUGUACUGGUUCUCCCGCAGAAUGACACUUUGGGGAAGUAUUUCCUUCAAUCUCGCUGUCUUCAUAAACAUCAUCAUUGCUUUUUUCUAUCCUUAUGUUGAGGCCUCCUCAAUGGGAUUGUUGGAUUCUCCAUUGAUUCCCCUGCUUUCCUGGUUUUUAAUCUGCUUUUCCAUCAUGGCUCUGUUUACUCAGCGCUAUGGUGUCCGACCACUCCUUGUGGCACUGAUUUUGCGAUGCAUCUAUCAUCUAGGCAUUGGUCUCACUCUGAACAUACUGGGAGCUCUCAAUCUGACAAAUAAGAUUGUGUUUGUAGUAAGCUUUGUUGGCAAUCGUGGGACAUUCAUCCGAGGAUAUAAAGCCAUGAUCAUGGAUAUGGAAUUUCUUUAUCAUGUCGCCUAUAUCUUGACCAGCGUCUUGGGACUUUUUGUACAUGAACUUUUCUACAGCAUCUUGCUGUUUGACUUGAUCUAUCGUGAGGAGACCUUAUUCAAUGUCAUCAAAAGCGUGACACGAAAUGGACGUUCAAUUCUGCUGACGGCCCUUCUGGCCCUCAUCCUUGUCUACCUCUUCUCCAUUGUAGGCUUCCUCUUUCUAAAAGAUGACUUCAUCUUAGAAGUCGAUCCACUGUCCAACAUCAGAUCUAAAGCUACAGAUCCUUUGGAGAUACGAGGCAACUUGGACACUUUUAUGGAGUCUUGCAGUAGUGAUAAAAUAAGCUGCUCUUCCCCUGAUGCAGUGCCUGAAGUGUUGCAAGAAGAAGAAGAUAAUACAGAACGAGCUUGUGACACGCUUCUCAUGUGCAUAGUUACAGUCCUGAAUCAUGGCUUGAGAAAUGGAGGUGGUGUGGGUGAUAUACUCAGAAAACCUUCUAAAGAUGAAUCCCUGUUCCCUGCUCGAGUGAUCUAUGACCUCCUCUUCUUCUUCAUUGUCAUAAUCAUAGUCCUAAACCUCAUAUUUGGUGUCAUCAUUGACACCUUUGCAGAUCUAAGGAGUGAAAAGCAGAAAAAAGAAGAAAUCCUGAAAACAACUUGUUUUGUAUGUGGGCUUGAAAGGGACAAGUUUGACAACAAAACGGUAUCCUUUGAAGAGCACAUUAAAUUUGAACACAAUAUGUGGAAUUAUCUGUACUUCAUAGUACUGGUGAGAGUGAAGAAUAAGACAGACUACACAGGGCCUGAGAGCUAUGUGGCACAAAUGGUCAAGAACAAGAACUUGGAUUGGUUCCCUCGGAUGCGAGCCAUGUCCCUGGUCAGUAAUGAAGGUGAAGGGGAACAGAAUGAGAUCCGAUGUCUACAGGAUAAACUGAAUUGCACCAUGAAGUUGGUAUCCCAUCUCACUUCACAGCUGAACGAGCUGAAGGAGCAGAUGACAGAGCAAAGAAAGCGAAGACAACGAAUGGGUUUUGUGGAUGUUCAGAACACAAUGAAUCACUGAGGCAGUAAAAUCCGAGCCUUCCAAUUAAAACUGUAGUAUGUAUAUAUAUAUGCACUUCCUGAAGAGGUAUUGGUACUAGGUUCCUGCAAAGCUUUCACUGACAAGGAACAUUGGUCCAUGCCAUGAUGAUUUGUGAAAUCUCAGCACUACCUUUUGUUCAUCUCAAGCAGGAUUGAUUGAAGGCAUCUUAUUCAGCAAGAAACCUAAAGCCAUGACUGUUUCUUCAUAUGCAUUCAGUUUGCCAUACCUUUGAAAGGUUUUUCCCAUAACUGUUCCUUCUCCUUUUCUUCCCUUCAUGCACUACAUUUUGAUGGCUAUAUAGCCAGGUGCAAAUACAGUUGACAUUUACCGGUGAAUAGUAAUUUGCUAUCUUUUUUAACUUAUUCAAAGAUACAUGGAAAGUCACCAUUUAUGGAUUUCUCCUUGCAAGUGUCUCAUGUUAAGCCUUUUGGAGACAUCAACAUUUUGGGUCUAGAAUCUCAUCAUCUCAACCAAGAAGAAAUUGCAAGAAAAUAUUCUAUUAAGUUAAUAGUUCAAGUAAUCAUAUAAUAGAUUUCAUGAAAAGGCUUUUUCCCUUCAAUUGACAAGACUGUGGACAUUAAUGAAAGAUUGCACAUUCGUGCUGUACUAUGAAUGUGCAACUUGUGCCUUGUUCACUCAAUAGAAUGGUAUACAGUACUCUUAGAAUUCAUCCUGCUUCCAGGCACUAAGAGUUUGGGGGAAAAUAUUUCAACCGUCACGGAUACUAUCAGCAGUGUCAGUUAUAUUUAGUGUGUAUCAGUGAUGGAAUGUAGCUGCAGAAAAAGUGGGAGGGGAAAAAAAACAGUAGGGCUACAACUAUAAAAGUCCUAAAAUAUGAACUUAGAAGUUUCUUGACAGAAUAACCUCCUCAGAAUUUAGAAUAUUUGUAUGAUAAUGCCCUUUGUAAAAUCUAUGUCUGCAGGCUGCUGUCAAAUGUAUGCAAAAGGUAGACAACAGAUGUUGUGUAUAUCUGAUUUUGAAUGUGGCCAGUUGGUCCAUUAGCACUAGUCUACUGGGGAGACUAGAAACAAUCAAGGAAUCUUUCUGUGUCAUUCACAUUUGGACCAAAGCAGAGUGUUCUUCAAAUAUACAGACUGCUGUGCAGAUUUAGGAAGAUUUCACUAAUCAUAGAUCCAGCUUUACAAUUUAUCUUGAUCUGGUAUGUGUCUCAAACACUGUUUAAAUGUUAAUAUGUGAACUUCCUGAAGUUUAACACACAAAAUCAAUAUAAUGAAUGGAAAGCAG